GUUUUUAACUCUGGGAACAUGGCGGCGCAGACCCAGAGGCCCAUUAAAGGCAUUUUAAAGAAUAAAGGUUCGGAGAAGCAUGGGGUAUGUGUCAUUAGCAAGCCAGAGACGGCUUCGGAUCGGGAAGAAGAUCAGAGUAAAAAAUCCCAAAAAUGGGAUGAAAUGAAUAUUCUUGCUACUUAUCACCCUUCUGACAAAGACUAUGGGUUAAUGAAAAUAGAUGAGCCCAGUACCCCAUAUCACAGGAUGAUCGGAGAUGAUGAUGAAGGAGCAAUGAGUGAUUCCGAAUCAAAUGAAGACCUUACUGCAGAUGUUCUGGCGGAAAAGUUAGCAGCAGCAGAAGGAACAGAUCCUAAAUUUUUGGCUCAGAGUGAAAGCAGCGAUGAGGAGGAGGAGGAGCUGACAGAGGAGGAGAGAGAAAAAAGAAAGGAAUUUGAAAUGAAAAGGAAACAUCAUUAUAAUGAGGGCAUGAAUAUUAAGCUGGCCAGACAGUUGAUUGCAAAGGAACUAGCUGGGGAAGUUGACGAGGAUGAGGAUGAAGAUGAAGAGAUGCAAGACAUCACAGACCGAAGCUCAUCCUGACCUGCUGUGGAUCAGUCAUCAUCGUCUAAGUGGAGGCUGCACUGCACUGCAUUGCUUGCUGAAGGCCUUUUUAUUGCCACCCCAGUGCACUGAUCUGCAAAUGUAUGGACUAAAAUGAAGCAUAGAAGAAAAAAAUACUUCACGAUUGCCAAUGUUAUGUUGUCAGACUCUUUCAUUCAGCAACCAUUUCUGUUCCAUCACUGAUUUAAUGGUUUGUCUGGCAUAUACCACCCAAUAAAUCAGAAAGUAUUUUUGGAGAACUAGUUUGCACACGCAGAGUUACUACACACACUAUUGUUUGCCACUGAAAUAAUAUUUGGGUGCUCAUUAUUUGGUGCAUGUUGGCCGGGAAAGUUUAAUGGUGUGGUUUUUUUUCAUAUAAAACAACUAAAAACACAACACAGCAUUGGGUAAAACAAAAUCAAGAUUCUUAUCAAUUUUGUUUAAAAAAGAUAAAUGUGUUUUUGGACUGAAUCUAAUCUAACUGCUGUCCAUCAACAAACCAUCAGUUUUAUAAAGAGAGUACACCUUUAGUGACAUAUUGCACAUUUUCUUGUAAUCUCUUCCUGCCAUUUUUCUUACAGAGAAUAUAAUAGGAAACGUUUAUGAUUUCUCUUUGAAAACAACAAUAAAAAAAUGUUGCCUACUUUUCAGUUUAACA